UAUAAUAUCCAGCUUUUGCAUUCCUCUUGUUCAGUAAAACAAACCUUUCUGAAAGCUGGUGGUAGUCCAGGCGAGCAACAGAGGCACAUUCGCGCUGGUAGGAGUAUACUAGUAGUAAGAACCCCGGACCUCUGCUGUUUCUGCCCAGCCUUUAGGCUUUAGUGGUGCGUUCGUACCCCCUUCAUUUUUCUCCUCUCUGUGUUUGUGAAUCCACGAACAAGCACAGUCAAGAUGGGGGGAGGCGACUUGAACAUGAAAAAGAGCUUCCACCCGCUCACCAUGGCCAACCUGGAGCGGGUGUUCAAUGCCGAGCUGAAGCGCGACACGGAGCUGAAGAAGGUCGAGCAGCUGCGGCGUGAGAUCGCCGAGGAGCGGCAGCGCGAGGAGCUCCACAAGCACGCCGUGGACACUGGCGUCAUCAAAGGCAAGGCGGCGCGCCUGGACUGGAUGUACGCCGGCCCGGGCACGGCCAGCGCCGGCGCCGAGCGUGAGGAGUACCUGCUGGGCAAGAAGAUCGACAAGGACGUCGACCCACUGCAGCAGGACACCACGGAGAAGACCGAUGCCACGGCCGUCGCCUCGUCCAUCUUCACCGACGCUACGAUGUCCGGUGCAAACUCGCAGCGCGACAUGGCCGCCAAGAUCCGCGAAGACCCGCUGUUCGCUAUCAAGAAGCAGGAAGAGCAGGCGCGAAAGAACCUGCUGAACAACCCGGUGCGGAUGAAACAGCUACAGCAGAUGCUGCGACAGCAGACCGGGGAUGGUAGUGAUAGCAGUAGCAGUGAUGAUGACAGCGAUCGGUCUCCAUCGCCGGCGGCGCCGCGCAGUGGCAGGGCACCGCCGCAACAGCGCUCACGUCACCGUCAGCGUUCCCCGUCGCCACGGCGACGCCGAGACGGGCGCGAGCGUUCCCGGUCACCUAGGGAGCGACGCCAACGACACGAUCGAUCUCGCUCGCCGCAGCGCGGUGCAAGGGCGUCGCGACACGGAUACGACGAUUCGAAGGACAGGUCCACACACCACCGUCAUCGUCGGUCUGAGCAAUCACCGGAGCGUCAGUCACACAGAUCUCGUUCGCCGCAGCGCAGUGCAAGGGCGUCGCGACACGGAUACGACGAUUCGAAGGACAGGUCCACACACCACCGUCAACGCCAGUCUGAGCCAUCGCCGCAGCGUCAGCCACACAGAUCUCGUUCGCCGCAGCGCAGUGCAAGGACAUCACGCCACGAAUAUGAUGAUUCGAAGGACAGGUCCACACACCACCGUCAACGUCAGUCUGCGCAAUCACCGGAGCGUCAGUCACACAGACGCCAGGCGGAGACGAAACCGAAGCGUGCCGACCCGGAAGAGGCCGAGCGGAGAAGAAAGGAAAUGAUGGCUGCCGCAAAGGCACAUCACAAGGAGCGCGACACACGCGUCCGCAAGCGCCAGCACGCCGCGGAUCGCGAGGAAGCGGAGCUGCGAGGCCGAACGAAGAAACACGACGAGGACUUCUUCUUCCAGGUGAACUCGAUGGCAGGUUCUAAAAUAAAGUAGACGAUCACUUUCUGUUUGAGUUUUAUUGUUCGUCUUUGUAGAUGUCUUUCCACCGGCGCUGGUUGCUGUGGGAUCUUUUAUACAUUUUUUGUCCGAAAAUUAGUUCGUCUAACAUAUUUUAAAACACUAUGCUAUUCAUUCUCUAGCUUAGUGUUUGAUUGGACGCGCAAGCACUAAACCAUGACCUCAUCAAAAACAACAAUUUACGUUUGACGCAGUUCUACACUGCUCAUGUACUGUUGAGGUGGGGUCGUUUGGCCCUGCCCCUGCCCCCCGCCCCGCCCCUUGAAAAACAUUCACACUUUUCUAGUACUAACCGCAGCUGGACUACACGGCUAGUGUGAGCAACAAUACCCUCACCGUCGAUCCAGAACCGUACGGCACCAUUUCCAUUCAUUCAUCAUUCAUGAAAAGUCCAUCCAUGUUAGCUACGUCCAACCUACUCUGCUGCCAUCCGCUUGAUCUACUGGCCUACUCAUGCAUUAUAAUAAUUAUACCCGAAGUCUGUUUUUUUUAAAUAAUUUAGAAUGGCAAUGGGUGAAACGAGAGAGAGCUGCAGCUAGUGUAGGUGUACAUACUUGAGUAAGUCUUCUUGAACAUUCCAUUGUA